AUGUCGCUGCCGUCGCAGUCGCACCUGUCGGGCAGCAUGGAGCGCAAGCGCGUGGGGUCGGGGUCGUCGCUCGCGCCGUCCGCGGCGGCGGCGGCGCAGGCGCCGCUGGUGUGCCACGGGCACUCGCGGCCGAUUGUGGAGAUCGCGUACAGCCCGAUCACCGACGACGGCUUCUUCCUCAUCUCCGCCAGUAAAGACGGCAAGCCGAUGAUCCGCAACGGCGAGACGGGCGACUGGAUCGGCACGUUCGAGGGGCACAAGGGCGCCGUGUGGGGCGCUUGCCUCGACCGCCCCGCGCUGCUCGCCGCCACCGCCUCCGCCGACUUCACCGCGCGCAUCUGGGACGCGUUGACGGGCGACGAGAAGCACAAGUUGGAGCACAAGCACAUCGUGCGCACCGUCGACUUCUCAAAGGACUCCCGACAGCUAUUGACGGGCGGAGCAGAGAAGGUGGUGCGAGUGUUCGACUUGGCUCGCCCCGACGCCGGCCCCACACUGUCACUGGAGGGUAUGGCGGGGCCUGUGCGCUGCGCCAGGUGGCACAACGACGACCGCUGGAUCCUCGUCACCUGCAAUGACGUGGCGGGCGUCAAGGUGUUUGAUGCGCGCAGCAAAGACGUGGUGGGCGUGAUGGCAACGGACGGCGCGUGUCUCAGCAUGGACAUCUCACCUGCUGCUACCGGUGGUGGUGGGGCGGGGGGCAGCGCAUUCAUCACCACGGCUGAUGGCUCCACUGUCAAGAUCUUCGAUGCGCGCUCGCUUCAAGAGGUCAAGUCACAUCGAUUGCCACAUCAGGCUGAGUCAGCAUCCUAUAUCCCGUCAACCAAUCGGUUUGUGGCGGGCGGUGAGGACCUGUGGGUGCGGGUAUUCGACUAUGAGACGGGCCAGCAGCUAGAGUGUCACAAGGGCCAUCACGGCCCAGUGCACUGCAUUCGCUUUGCCCCCGAUGCACUCUCCUACGCAUCGGGCUCAGAAGACGGCACCAUCCGCAUCUGGAAGCUUGCCCCCGCUACUGCUGCUGAAGUACCCGGCUGCCACGUCAGCCUCCACCUCCCUUCCCUCCCCACACCAACCAUCCGCGCCCCUUCCGCCCAUGGCCGCGUCUCCGCUCCCCCUCCCCCACCCCCCACUCCCCGCGCGCCGCUCUCUCUCCGCCUGUGGCGGGACGCGCGCAGCCAGCGCGUGGCGCAGGCGGCGGCGUAUCACCCGUUCGUGCUGGCGCUGGGCGCGGGCACGCUGCCGCGGCGGCGCUUCGUGCGCUACUCCCUGCAGGACGCCUUCUUCCUCUCCGCCUUCGCUCACUCGUACGGCGCGGCAGCGUCGCUACUGGAUGGGGGCGAGGAGGACGGCACGGGGGGAGCGGGGGGAAAGGAUGGGGCGGCGGAAGGGGAGGAGGAGUUGAGUGCAUGGAUCGAGGAGUCAAGCGACUCACAGGCUGCUGACGCCACUGCUGACGCCACUGCUGACGUCACGGCGGACAGUGCCCCCCUGCCUGCCACACUAGAGUACACGUCGUUCCUCUCGCAUGUGGUGGCGGGGACGAGGGGCGUGUGGCACUCCCAUGGGCUGGGGUCACCGGGCGAGCAGGACGAGAGCAGCGCAGGGCAACGUGCGUGCGAGCAGGGGAGUCAUCACAACCAUGUGCCCCACAGCAGCAGCAGCGAAUCGGUGGUCCUCUCACGGCCUGCUGACUGGAUAGCUGAGAGCGAUCGCUCAUCCCCCGCAGCGCGGCGGUGGCACACGCUGUGUGUGCUGGCCGCCAUGCUGCCGUGCAUGCGCCUCUACGCUUCAAUCGGACACACCAUGGGCGGCGCUGCCUGGGGGCUGCACGCUGCAGCAGCGGGGGGAGUGGGUGGAGCGGAGGAGGGGGAAAGGGGAGGAGGGGGAAGCAGCGAGGUGGGGGUGAAGGGCAGGGGGGGUGUGUCGGAGGAUUGGCGGUGGCACCCGUACGGCCAGUGGUUACACACCUACUCAUGCCCGGGCUUUGAGGCAGCAGCAGCGCUGUUGGAGUCCGCAUUCGACCGCCUCUGGUCGCUGCACCUGCGCUCCCUGCACCCCUCGUGCGCGCCCUCAUCCCCUAUCGCACUGCAGCAGCAGCAGCACGUGGCAGAGCAGCACCUAUCGCGGGUAUACAGCAGGGCCAUGCAGUUAGAGCUCUCCUUCUUCCACGCCCAGCUCGCUCCCUUCCCUGCCACACCACCGCCGCCGCUGCCGCCCCCCCACGCGUCCGACGCCCCACCCUCCCUCCCAGCAUGGCCGGGCAAUUUCCACCUUGCUUCCCAGGAAGGGGCGAGGGCAGGCAGGGAGGCGUCAGGAGGAGGAGGGGAGGCGGGCGGUGAGGGGACAGCAGCGGGCGUGGUGUUUGUAGUGGACUUUGACGGCACGUGCACCGUGGACGACUCCAGUGCCCUGCUUGCCCGCCUUGCCCUCGCCCACGCCGCUCCCGCCGGUAAGGGCAUUUCUAACAACGAUGAUGCAGCUGCUGCUGGUGGUGGUGAGUGUGGUGGCUGCAGGCAGCAGGUAUGGGACGACCUAGUGCAGCGGUAUGUGCGGGACUACUCUGACUUCAUGCACGCCCAUCUGCCACCCGCUCAUGCUCACAGGGACAGCAGCAGUAGCAGCAACAGCAACAGCAACAGCAGCAGAAGCAGCAAGCAGGGAGGGGAUGAAAGCAGGGAGAGCAGCAGCACCGCCGGCAGCACCCCCGCCCACCUCCCUCCCGGCCUCCUCCCCUUUCUCCACCGCCUCUCCUCCUUCGAGGCCGCGGCCAAUCAGCGCGUGACAGGUGUCGCCGCCCUGCAGGGCAUCCCCCGGAACGCCAUGCUGGCAGCGGCCAGGGAGGCUGCUGACGUGGCGGAGGGGGAAGGGGUGGGGCAGGGCCGGGGGAGCUUCAGGUCUGGAUGUGGGCGAGUGCUGCGGCGAGUGGAGGGGGAGGGUGGUGUGGUGCAGGUGGUAUCCGUGAGUUGGAGUGGGGCGUAUGUGGGGGAGGCUGUGAGGCAUGCCAUGCGGAUGGCAGGGGGGAAGAGGGGUGAGGAGGGGACGCAAGAAGACAAGGCAGAAGGAAAGGAGGGGGAGACAGAGUGCGGAGAGAAGAUGUGCAGUGGUGGGGGGCCGGAGGGAGGAGCAGGAGUGGGCAGCAGAGUGGUGGUGAGAGCGAAUGAGAUGGAGUUUGAUGAGCGCGGUGUGUCCACAGACCUGCUGCCGCUGCUGCGAGCACAGGUGGGCGUGGUGAUGGCAGGUGGGGCAUCCAGUCUAGAAAGGGUCAUCCACGCCUUUGGUGUCCACCGCCUGCCACUGGUGGCGCUGGCUCUGCUGCACAUGCAGCAAGGGGCGGCGGGAGAGGCGAAAGUGAAUGGGGAGGGGUGUGUGGGUGCCCGCCGUGUGAUGGAGGUGGCACCAUGGACGCUGCUUGAUGCGAGCUGCUGGGAGGAGCUUGAGGUGUUCCUCUUUGGCAUUCAUUUCACUGACUUUGAUAGCCAGUGGUCUGGCUACUAA